GGCUUAUGUUGUUUAUAUGCUGAAAUGUUUUGUAUUCCAUGUUGUUCAUGAAUGUGUACAGCACAGAAUUCAUUCAGAUUUUGCAAAUGAAGUGAAAGAAGUCUCAAUGUAAAGAGAGAAUGAUCAGAAUGUCUUCGAGAGAGGACACCAAAACCUACUCGGUUUCAGAAUUAAGACAUUUUAAAGGUCUCUCUGUUCAUCAUAUCUUAGAGAGUCCGCUUUGGUCGUACAGUCGCUUUUGUGACACGAGUUCCGAUUUCAACAGUACCGAAAAAUCCAUAUUAUUCAUAGAAAUUUUUACAAAAAUUAUCACUUGUGAUGACCCGCUACUGCAGCUCCAAAUUAACAAGGUUCUCUCGGAGAUCUCGACUGAUAACUUUUUCACUCAAACACUUGGGCUUCUGGGUAGAAUCGAAGUAACAACAACUGAAAUCAAUGAGGAAUGGCUAGAAAUAUUAGAGAAUUUAGUAAAAUUUCUUCAGCAAUUAUGCAGCAAAAUUCCAACAACUGCUUUAGCUUCUUUGGGAUUAUGUACUUAUUUGAAUUCCACAAUUACACGAUUUAUAUCAAAGAAUUGUGAUGAAAGAUUUAACAGUAGUCUCCUGGCCAUAAAAAAUGAUAUUGAAGAUAUCCAGAAAAGCAUUUCCGAAAACUUGAUCAAACCCCAACUGGAAAAAAGGAGAGAAAAGCGAGAUCAGAGAAAACCACCUAGUGAUUUUCGCAAGAUACCAAUACUACCCACCAGGGAUGAUAUUUUCCAUGAACCUUUUUUGAGAAAAAAUUUAAAAGAAGGGUUUUAUGACAACUUGGAUCAUUACUUAGAUAUCCAGUUUAGACUUCUAAGAGAGGACUGCAUUGCUCAGUUGAGAAGUGGAAUAUACGAAUACAUUGAAGCAAAAACAAUAAAUGAAAAUAGAGAGGUAAGAAGAUUGCAAGAUGUCAAACUCUACAAAAAAGUGACCGUUGUCUCCAAAGAAAAAUCUAUAAUCGGUCCUCUUUAUGUGAUCGAGUUAGAUUAUCAGCAUGUCAAGCGCAUUAAAUGGGAAAGGAGCAAAAGAUUGCUUUAUGGAUCGCUGCUUUGUUUGUCCCCCGACGAUUUUGAUACACUUUACUUUGCUGUGGUUGAGGAUGCCGAUUACGAGAAAAUAAAAACAGAUUGUACUUUUAAAGUGAGCAUGAGGAAAGAAAAAGGCCAGCCAGAGAUCCCUAUGUAUUUCCCGAUGACCAUGGUGGAAAGUUCAGCCUAUUUCGAGUCUUACAGACAUGUGUUGUCCUCCCUACAGAAUAUAAAGGAAGAAGAUUUACCAUUCAGGAGAUAUAUAGUGGAGGGGUGUAAAGACAUAAGACCCCCGGCAUACGUUGAGGAGGAUGAAGAGAUUGAGUAUGACUUAGGACCAAUCAUUAAUCAAAAGACCAUUUUCAAGAGGCACCUCCGUACAUGUGAUAAAAAAGAAUACAUAUUACUGUCAGAUAGAUGGCCAUCAGCGGAAAAGCUUCAUCUCGAUGAUUCCCAGAUUCAAGCAUUGAAAUGUGCUUUAACCAGAGAAUUUGUCAUCAUACAAGGACCACCUGGUACAGGAAAAACACAUGUAGGACUCAUAAUAGCAAAAGUACUGCUACAUAACAAAAUACAUUGGAGGAGAGAGAGAGAAAUUUUUGGAUACAGGAAAGGCUAUCGAAAUGUUCCUGCUCAUGUAACAGAUGAUGCUUCUUCAGCAAUGCUGAUAGUUUGCUAUACAAACCACGCCUUAGAUCAGUUUAUGGAAGGCAUCCUGAAUUUUUUAGAUCCAGAGAAUAAACAUGAAUGGGAAACAAAACUUGUUCGUGUUGGCUCAAGAUGUUCAAAUCCUAAAAUUGAAGAAUUUUCCCUGAAGCACAAAAGACGAGAAAAACAUUAUCGUUACUUGCAAGUCAAUGAUAGACAAUUUCUAAAUCAGCUUCAGGAAACGCGCAAAAAAAUUUCUGAAAUUAAAUGGAUGUUAGCAAAAUCUGCUCAGAAUGUCUUUGGAGAAGAAAUUUUAGACCCUUGGGUCGAAGAGGUUAACACUCUUUUGAACAAAAGCAAAAAUUUUGAGAUGCUGAAAUGGUUGAAAAUUGAUGAAGAUUCGUUACGCCAAUCUGCAUAUAAAGAUUAUGAAAAAUAUGCAGUUGCCAAUGCAAUGGAAACAAAUGAUGUGUUUGAUACGGCAAAUGAAGAUGAUGUGGAGAAAAUUAAUAUACAUACAGAAGCUGACCUCAUCAAUGCUGAAAGGCAUGUAGAAGACGACGAUUUUGAUGCUGAUAUUAACUUUGGGGAAAUUGGAGUCAGCAUUGACUUAAUUAUACAAGCCAUUUUAGAAAAAGGGGACUUCGACGAGUUGUUCGAAAAACUGCUAAGAGAGCAUGGAAGGAAAGCAAAAUUGAAGAUUGUAAGUGAGGAUUUCAUGAAACCUGCUGACGUUGAAAAGGCUAUUCAGAAACCAUGGAAAUUGUCGAUUACCCAGAGAUGGAGCUUGUAUAGAUACUUUCUUCAUAAACUGCGUGAGAGGGCCAAAGAUAUUCUCAGAGAAGAAGAAAUAAGAUAUGCUGAAAUUCACGAAAAUUAUUUACGUGAGAAACAGAAAAUCGAUCGUGAAAUUCUACUUCAAUCAACAAUUAUUGCUAUGACGACCUCCGGAGCGGCAAGAUACCACGAUGUUCUGAGAGAGGUGGGACCUAAAAUAAUCAUUGUCGAGGAAGCAGCAGAGGUUUUAGAAGCACACAUUAUAACCACACUGAAUUCGAACUGUGAACAUCUUAUUUUGAUCGGCGAUCACAAACAAUUGGAACCCAAACCUGCUGUGUUUCAUCUAGCCGAAAAAUAUAAUUUGGCCUUAUCGAUGUUUGAAAGAAUGAUAAAUUUAGGCUUGCCAUAUGUUUGCCUUGAACGACAACAUCGAAUGCGACCACAAAUCUCACAAUUGGUACGUCCUGUUUAUGCAAAACUUGUAGACAACGAAAAUGUCUUUGAGUACGAACAUGUCAUGGGCAUUGAAAAAAAUGUUUACUUUGUAACACAUACCAAAGAGGAAUCCACGAAAGAAGAGUCUCAAAGCUAUUGGAAUGAUCACGAAGCUCUCUAUAUUCAACGCCUGACUCGUUAUCUUCUAAAACAGGGAUAUACAAAACAGCAACUUACUAUCCUCACACCAUAUUCAGGCCAAAUGUUUCUAAUACGAGAUUAUAUGCCAAGAAGAGAAUUUGAUGGGAUACAAAUUUCAAUUCUGGAUAACUAUCAGGGGGAGGAAAAUGACAUUAUUCUGUUGUCUCUAGUUAGAAGUAACAAUGAAGGCAGAAUUGGCUUUCUUAACAGAGAAAACCGUGUAUGUGUAGCAUUAUCCAGAGCAAAAAUUGGUCUCUAUGUCAUUGGAAACUUUGACAUUAUACGCAAGUUUUCUUACAGAUGCAAGUUAUGGGGAAAAGCUAUUAAAAGGAUGGAACAGGAUGGUGCGUUUGGGAAAGGACUUCCACUUUUCUGUCGGAUUCACCAGUCAACUCGCAUACAUGCUGUACUCCCUUCAGAUUUUGACAAGGCUCCCGAAGGAGGAUGUUCUCUUCAGUGUGAUAUUAGAAGAAAUUGUGGACAUGCAUGUGAUCUGUAUUGUCAUCCGAGAGAUCCCGAGCACAAGGAUAUUGAAUGCAGAAAAAUGUGCCCAGAAGUCUGUAUACGUGACCAUAAGUGUAAGAAACGGUGUCAUUUCCCCACAGAUUGCAUGUGCAAUGUAAAAAUGAUAAAAACAUUACCUUGUAAGCAUGAUCUAGCUCUGCCCUGCCAUGUGGAUCCAGAAACAAUCAAAUGUGAAGAACAAGUACACAAGGAACUACCUUGUGGACACAGUGCUGAAAUGCCGUGUUAUAAAGAUCCUGCUUCAUAUGUCUGUGAAGUUUUGGUAGAAAGAGAGUUGGAUUGUGGUCAUUUAAAAACACUACCUUGUCAUAAGGACUAUAAAUUAUACAAAUGUAAGGAGAUUGUUCAGAAAAAACUUCCUUGUGAGCAUGAAGCAGAAAUGCUCUGUUGGGAAAGUCCAAUCAGAUAUAAAUGCAAAAAAAUUGUCCACAGGACAUUAAGUUGCAAUCAUGAAAAGGAUCUUGAGUGUUUUAUUGAUGUUCAAUUCUACAAGUGCCAGGAAAAGGUCAUCAAACAAUUACCAUGUGGCCAUGAAUGUGAAUUUGAGUGUUUUCAGAGUAAAUACAUGUUUGGGAUACAAUGUAAUGAAGACGUCACAGAAAAAAGAACUAUUAGUUUCACAUCGAAAACACCUAGUCUUUAUCGUUACUUGUCUCUCAGUAGGCUAACAGAAAAGAGCUGUGAUCAUAUGUAUACCAGAAAAUGUUAUGAAUCAGCAAGAGACUAUCAAAAAAAUAAUCCGUGCAAAGAAAUAAUUAAGAAAACAUUGAAAUGUGGGCAUGAUAUUGAAAUUGCUUGUCAUUUACGAGAGGAUGCUGUCAAAUGCAAAGCGAGUGUAAUGACAGAUUUUGAAUGCAAUCAUGAAAAUGUCGAAGUUUCAUGCCAUUUGAAACCUGAAGCAGAGUGUCAAGCGAAGUGUGGAAAGGUGUGCAAGUUUGGUCAUGUUUGUCAGAAAAAAUGUCAUUUUCCAAAUCCCUGCAUUUGCAAAAUUAAAAUGCAAAAGCAAAAGGAUUGUGGUCAUAUGCUUCUUGUAGAAUGUCGCGAGGACAUUUCAACGAUAGCUUGUGAUAAACCAGUAGAGAAAAAAUUACCAUGCGGUCAUUCCAAAAUUCUUCCUUGCAAAAUAGAUAUAAACAAUGAUGAUGUUAAGUGCAAAGAAAAGAUUGUGAAACUUCUAAGAUGUAAGCACUCUCUACUAUUAUCUUGCCAUGUCGAUCCUGAUGAUCCAAGCAUAAAAUGCUUAACAAAAGUAGAGAAGGACAUACCUUUUUGUGGACACAAAAUUCUUAUCGAGUGUUUUAAAAAUCCUGAUGCAGAAAACUGCCAGAAAAAGGUGCAACUUGUACGACUGGACUGUGGGCAUGAUACAGAAACUUAUUGCUAUUUUAAAAAGCAGUUAAUUUCUGAAUUAAAAAAAUAUUCAGAUUUACCUUCAUGCAAAACUCUUGUUGCUAAAGAGCUGCCUUGCGGUCAUAUAUUGAAUGUACCUUGCUCAGAGCAGCACACAAAUAAUGUAAAGUGCAAGGAACCAUGCAAAUAUGUCCUUCUGUGUGGUCACAUAUGCAAGGGUUCCUGCUCAGAAUGCAACAUUAACUUUCAACACAGAGAAUGUCAAAAAAUAUGUAAUAAAGUGCUCAUCUGUGGCCAUCAAUGCAAAAGCAGUACUUGUGGAAGCUGUGGUUCUUGCUCCAAUACCUGUAGCUUUAGAUGUUCUCACUUUCGCUGUAGUCAUCCCUGUAACAAAGCAUGUGAGAUGUGCACCAAACCUUGCGACUGGGCAUGCCCUCAUUAUAAAUGCUCGAAACUCUGUUUUGAUGUAUGCGACCGUCCAAAAUGCAAUGAGAGAUGUUCUAAAAAAUUAAAAUGUGGUCAUCAGUGCAUUGGAUUUUGUGGAGACCCAUGCCCAAAACUAUGUAAGAAAUGCAACCACAAGGAAAUCCAGAUGUUAUCGAAAGAUGGAUCCAGUCUUUUUGUUGAACUUCAAGAUUGCGGACAUCCAUUCAAUUCCAAAUCUAUUGAUGCAUACAUGGAACAUGCUGCAGAUGUUUUUUAUAUAAAACGAUGUCCAAAGUGUUCAAAAGUAAUCACGUGGCAUCCACGUUACCAGGCAGAACUCAAAAAACAGAGUUUGACCUUUAACGAGAUUAGGAAUACAAUCGAUACAGUGUCAGAGAGAUUAAAGGUCUUUUCAUUUCCCAUCCUUUUUGGCGAUUCUGAAAAUUGUUUUGAGUAUAUUACAAAGUUCGGAACAUUUGUGGCUGCAAAUGAACAGUCUUUACAACAAAUGGAUGAUAUGUUGCUGACAUCUGCAAAACAUUAUUUGCAUUCCAUGAAGCAAUUGCUACAGAAGAAAGAAUCAGGAAAUCAGACAUACCACAGUAUUUAUACAAAACUACGAGUUAUUAGAGCCUGGUGGAAGGUGUUUGUUGUUAUACAAUACAACACAUUUUCACAAAAGAUUUUAUUGGAUCAGGAGGCAAGAGUCACCGAAAAUGAACAUUCAUAUUCUGAUGAUUCUGAUGUUGAUGAAACAGGAAAAGAUUACUCCAGCAAGCAGGAUGGUGCUGAUAAGGAUCAGAAAGGAUCAUCUAAAAGGCAGUCUAAAUAUGAAAAAUUUCAAGACUUCAAGCGAAACAUAGACCUCUUGCAGGAGUCUUUUAUCAAAUCGGAAAAUGACCUCGAUUACUGGGCAAAGUACGUAGAAGAAAGAAUGGAAUAUUUCACACCUUUCCUGGAUAAGAUAGGAAAUGCAUGGAUUCAAACAGCCGAUAAAUCUCCUAAGCUGAUCGCUGUACUUGAAAUCCAUGCCGAAAAAUGGAAAAUAUGUGCAAAUGGUCACCCCUUCAGCUUUUUGAAGGAAAUCAGUGAUUGUGUACUUUGCCUUGGAUUCGACAGACUGUCCUUGCAGCCUUUUCAAAUUCCGCAGGAAACAGAUAAACCAGGACAAAACAAAAAUUAUAACGAGCAAGGUGCUAGGCCGAAAACCCGAGGGAAACAGGUUGAAAAUGACAAACAAGUAUGGGAAAAUAAUAUGUCUGGAAAUGAAAGACAAUUUCAGAAAGAAUUUCCCACGGCUAUCAACAAUGAUAAUGAUAGAAAAAGCCGGAGAAGAGACAGGCGAAAGGAAAAGAAACCUGCAACAAAUCAAACGAAUGAAUGUCCCAUACCGAUAAUUUUCGGAAACCAAAGACGAGGAAACCAAACACGUCAAUAUAAUGAAUUCAGGUCUGAUCAAGGCCGUGGUAAUAGUCAAGACAAUUUUAAUUUGAUUACCCGUGGCAAUGAGUUCCCAUCUUUGGAAAACAAAAGAAAUAUGGAAUCCAAUCAGUCGGCUAUAGAUAGCUUAUCAUGGAGAAGUGGAAACGAGCCUUGGCAACAUAGACCAAGAGAAAGGGGAUGGCGAGGAAGAGGAAGUGAGUAUGGACAGCAGGAUAACCGGGGACAAGGAGGAUGGGGAAGAGGGAGAGAACACGAGCAACAGGACCACAGGGGAGGAUGGAGAGGAGGAUGGGGACGAGGGGGUGAACACGAACAACAGGACCAAAGGGGAGGAUGGAGAGGACAACAGGAGAGAUCGUGA